GUAAGUUCUCACCGUCGGAUCACGCUACAAUCCUCAUCAGUGAGCUUGUGAUAUCAAAAUCUCCGGUGGUGACCAUGGCUCCGAUUGCAGUUGGCGACGUUAUUCCGGACGGCACUCUGGCUUAUUUCGAUGAGCAAGAUCAGCUCCAGCAGGCUUCAGUGCACUCCCUCGCUGCCGGCAAGAAGGUCAUCAUUUUCGGUGUUCCCGGUGCUUUCACUCCCACUUGCAGCGUGAAGCACGUGCCAGGCUUCAUUGAGAAAGCAGGAGAGCUGAAAUCAAAGGGCAUUGAUGAAAUUCUGCUCCUUAGCGUUAAUGACCCCUUUGUGAUGAAGGCAUGGGCAAAAACUUACCCUGAUAACAAGGAUGUGAAGUUCCUGGCUGAUGGCUCAGCAACAUACACGCAUGCGCUUGGCCUUGAGCUUGAUCUUUCAGAGAAAGGCCUCGGCACUCGGUCCAGGAGAUUUGCCCUCUUGGUGGAUGACCUUAAGGUGAAGGUUGCAAACGUUGAAGCUGGGGGAGAGUUCACUGUUUCUAGUGCUGAUGACAUCCUCAAAGCUAUCUGAAUCACUGUUUCUAGUGCUGAUGACAUCAUCAAAGCUAUCUGAAUCCUUGGUUUUUAUCGUGCCUCGUGUCUCUGAGCAUUCCAUCCCUCUAGUUUUAUCGCUGCUAGCCAGUCUUUUGAUUUCAUUAUGGAUCUAAAAGUGUUUUGCUUAAACUAGUUUCGCUGGUGUUUGUGGAAAUAAAAAACUCUUGCCUCUUUUACCA